CAUCCGCUACGUGCCAGUAAUAUAGAGGUUGUUUUGUCUGCCUGAUAUACCACCAGCCAACCGUUUGUGUAUAUGUGCUAUAUGCUGCGACUGGUUUUGUCGACCAGUGUUUUCUCAUGGAAUUGACCGAAUGAAUCACACGGUAGAUCGGUGUGUGUCUGUGUUGCGUUUUUCUACACACGAGUCAGCCGCGGCCGCAUAAUCAUUCCAUCUCCACUUGAAUGGGCCUUCGCUUUGAUUAAAGCCCCAGCGAACAACGUGCGCUGAUUGCAACGAUUGCACCGCGUGGCGUGGCGUCACGAAGCCCCUGCAUCCGGACCCUUGCCGCGUGUACACACACCGCACCCCCCUAAACGCCAACCUCACUACACCACGCCACAAUUUUUUGCUGAUUUUGUCGCGGUGGAUAUAUUUGGCAGCCUAGUUCGAUUUACCCGUGUAUGUGGGCUGCUUUGCCGCUCAUUUCUUUAGUUCAUUAGCCAACCGGCUGUAGGAAUGAUUCAGCGAUAAUUAGAUAUCGAGUUGGUGUUGCUGAUUGUUGCGUCACCGUUGCGGCGCCGUGCGGGCGCCAUGGGAAGCCGUGGCUGCUGGUGUUGUUGAUUCUGUGCGCUGGUUUACCAUGUUCGCGUCCAAUCCUAGUCCCUCCAGUCAAGUUCCUUCGCCGAUGCACCAGUCCCACUAUGCGCCCCACCAAGGGGCCCCUCCGCGCUACGCACCCCCGCCCUCUCCCGGUUAUUAUCAGCAGAAUCCCGGCGGGAAUGGUCCGGAGGCGACGGGACAGUAUGCAAUGCAGGUGCAGCAGAAUUCUCCCAAGGCCAUCGGACAGAUGGAGGAGAAGGGGAUGCACGCCGAUCCGCGCUACUCCUCCCUGGUCAAUAUGGCCAACCGGGUCAAAGCCCAGAUCCAGCCCCCGGCCGCCCCCUACCCCUCCGCCCCCGCGGGCGGGUACUAUCAGCCCCCGGAGCAGGCGCCGCGGGGGGCGGGGUACCCGGAUGGCCAGCCGGAGCGUCCGCCGUCCAAUCAGAGCGGGGGAGGGGGGUACCAGGCUUACGGGCAGAAUUUCAACGGGAUGGAGUACCCCACGCCGCCGCCCCCGCCGGGGGGUAGUCAGAAUAGCCCGCCGUUGUGGGGUAAUGGACCCGUGAAGCCGGCGGGGAUGGGGCUGACGCCGCUGCAGAGGCAGAUUCUCCAGACGCAGAUCGCGGCGUUUAAGCAUUUCUCUAAGCGGGAGAUCCUCCCGGAGGCGGUGUACUUUGCCGUGCUGAAUCGGCGGCCGCUGGUGGCCAGCAAUCAGGGGAAUGCCGGAGGAAAUUCCUCGCGCACCGCGUCGCCCGUCUCCAGCCAGGAAUCCACCGGCUCCGGCGGCUCCCUCAACCAGUCACCCGCCUCGCAGACGCCGACACCGGUGCCGAUGGCGCUACAGAACGGCGACAGCGGGAUGCUGCAGCCGGCGCCCAACGGUCUGCCGUUUCCGCUGCAGCCGCCGCCCGCCCUCGUCCCCCAGCCGCUGCCGCCACCGCCGGAUUACACGGCACAGCUGCGCCCGGAAGCGCUGGCUCUGCUGCAUCAGGAGCGCCAGUGCCGCUCCACCGGGAUUAAGACCAGCGGGAUUGAUCUGGAGGCGCUGGCGGAGGAGCGCGAACGACGGAUUAUCCAUGGCAUGAAUUGUCGGAAAAAUCAGCUGGAGAAGAUGCUGCAGCAGGAGUUGCCGGAGGAGGAGAGGAGGAAGGCCACGAUCGAGCUGAAGUCGUUGAGUUUGAUCCAGAUGCAGCGACAAAUCCGACAAGAGAUUAACGAAAUCUUCACGAAAGACACGUUUCUCGAAUCGGGAUUUUGUCCGAAUUUAUACAAACGGUUAAAAACGCAAACUAUGCACCGCGACUCGCGCGCCACGGAGCGUCUCGAAAAACAGAAGCGGACCGAACUGGAAAAGAAGCGGAAGAAGGAGCGACAGCAAUUCUUAGCUGCCGUUCUGCAGCAUGCCAAGGACUUUCGUGAUGGACACAAAGCCGAUCAGGCGAAGGUGAUCCGACUGAAUAAAGCCGUCAUGACGUACCAUGCCAAUACCGAACGGGAGCAGAAGAAGGAGCAGGAGCGGAUUGAACGCGAGCGUAUGCGCCGGCUCAUGGCUGAAGACGAAGAAGGCUACCGGAAGUUGAUUGACCAGAAGAAAGACCGCCGCCUCGCCCACCUCCUCAAACAAACCGACGAGUACGUCGCCAACCUCACCGACAUGGUCAAGGAGCACAAGAAAGCCGUCCGCAAGAAACUGCAGAAGGAGCUGCGCGAGAAGCGCAAAGAACAGGAAGCCAAACGCCGCGCCAUCCUCGGCGUGGACGAAUCCUCCCAAAACAGCGCCGACGAGUCGUCCCAGUCCAGCGACCAGGCCGUCCACGUCAUCGAGGUGGCCACCGGGAAGAUUUUGCGCGGCGACGACGCCCCGCGCGCCUCCCACCUCGAGCAGUGGCUGGAGCAGCAUCCCGAGUACGAGGUGGCCCCGCGGGAUGAGAGUGAGGACGAGGAGGGCUCGGAGAACGAGGAGGAGGCCAAGCGGAAGAACGUGGAGACCGGGAAGGCCGAUGAGGAGGUGCAGGAGCUGUUGAGGACGGCCAAGGCGGAGGACGAUGAGUAUGGGCAGUCGGAGGUGGAUGCGGCCAAUCAGAAUUAUUAUCAGAUGGCGCACGCCAUCCGGGAGGUGGUGACGGUGCAGCCGAGUAUUAUGGUCGGGGGACAGUUGAAGGCGUACCAGCUGAAGGGGCUGGAGUGGCUGGUGUCGCUGUAUAAUAAUAGUUUGAACGGGAUCCUGGCCGAUGAAAUGGGUCUGGGCAAAACCAUACAGACCAUCAGUCUGGUGACGUACCUGAUCGAAGCGAAGAAGAACCCCGGUCCCUACCUGAUCAUCGUCCCGCUGUCCACCCUGUCCAACUGGCAGCUGGAAUUCCAGAAAUGGGCGCCCUCCGUCAUCACCAUCGCCUACAAGGGCACACCCACCGUCCGCCGUGCCUACAACACGCAGAUCCGCCACGGGAAGCUCAACGUCCUGCUGACGACGUACGAGUACAUCAUGAAGGACAAGGCCAGUCUCAGUAAGGUCCGCUGGAAGUACAUGAUUAUUGACGAGGGCCACCGCAUGAAGAACCACCACUGCAAGCUGACGCAGAUCCUGAAUACGUACUACACGGCGCCGCACCGGCUGCUGCUGACCGGCACACCGCUGCAGAAUAAACUGCCGGAGUUGUGGGCGCUCCUGAAUUUCCUGCUGCCCAGUAUCUUCAAGUCGGUGACCACGUUCGAGCAGUGGUUUAAUGCGCCUUUUGCUACAACUGGUGAAAAAGUGGAGCUGAACGAAGAAGAAACCAUCCUGAUCAUCCGGCGUCUGCACAAAGUACUCCGGCCGUUUUUACUGCGCCGUCUGAAGAAGGAAGUGGAAUCUCAGCUGCCGGACAAAGUGGAGUACCUGAUCAAAUGCGACAUGUCGGCGCUGCAGAAACUCCUGUACCGGCACAUGCAGCACAAGGGCGUGCUGCUGACCGACGGCUCCGAGUCGAACAAGAAGGGCCGCGGCGGCGCCAAGACGCUGAUGAACACAAUCAUGCAGCUGCGCAAGAUCUGCAACCAUCCCUUCGUCUUCGAGCACAUCGAGGAGGCCUUCGCCGAGAAGCACGCCGGCGAGAAGCACGACAAGCAGCCGGCCGUCACCGGGCCGGUGCUCUUCCGGGCGUCGGGGAAGUUUGAGCUGCUGGAUCGGAUAUUGCCCAAGCUGAAGGCGACCAAUCAUCGGGUACUGAUUUUCUGCCAGAUGACGGCGCUGAUGACCAUUAUGGAGGAUUAUCUCAACUGGCGACAUCUGAAAUAUCUAAGACUGGAUGGCACGACCAAGUCGGAAGACCGCGGGAAACUCCUGCAGGAUUUCAACCGGAAAGACUCGGAGUACUUCAUCUUCCUGCUGAGCACGCGCGCCGGCGGGCUGGGGCUGAAUCUGCAGACGGCGGACACGGUGAUCAUCUUCGACUCGGACUGGAACCCGCACCAGGACAUGCAGGCGCAGGACCGCGCCCACCGCAUCGGCCAGCAGAACGAGGUGCGCGUGCUGCGCCUGAUGACCGUCAACUCCGUGGAGGAGCGCAUCCAGGCCGCCGCCAAGUACAAGCUCAACCUCGACGAGAAGGUCAUCCAGGCCGGCAUGUUCGAUCAGAAGUCUACGCUCACCGAGCGGCAGCAGUUUUUGCAGGCUGUACUCACACAGGAGGAUGAAGGGGAGGAAGAUGAGAAGGAAAUCCCCGACGACGAGACCAUCAACCAGAUGCUGGCGCGCAGCGAGGACGAAUUCGAGACCCUGCAGAAGAUCGACAACGCCCGCAUCCUGGAGGAAGCUCGGACGCCCGGCGGUCCCAAACCGCGGCUGAUGGAGGAAGACGAACUGCCCAGUUGGCUGUGUAAGGACGAGAAGGAGAUCGAGCGAUUGACGGCGGAUUCCGAUGAGGAUCGCAUCUUCGGCCGGGGAUCGCGGCAGCGCAAGGAGGUGGACUACUCGGAGGAUCUGCUGGAGAAACAGUUUCUGGAGAGUCUGGAGGUGGUCGAGGAGGACGAGGAAGAUUCCCCGGAACCGGCCAAACCGCCGCCCGGGCGCAAACGGGGCCGUGCACGGUACGAGGAAGAAUCGGACGAAAGCGAGGAAGUCGGGCCGACGACGAGCAGUCGCAGCCGGCGGAAGAUCGUGGCCAAACCGGACCUGGCGGCCAAGACCCGCGACGACAUCCAGAAGAUGUUCGACAUCCUGGUCAGCUACCAGGACACGGACGGACGCGUCCUCUCCGGGCCCUUCAUGAAACUGCCCACCCGCCGCGAACUCCCCGACUACUACCAGGUCAUCCGCAAACCCCUGGACCUCAACAAGAUCGAGCGCGGCAUGCAGGAAGGGAAGUACAAGACCGUCGAAUCCUUCGAGCACGACAUCCUCCUCAUGUGCAAGAACGCGCAGGAGUAUAAUGUGGAAGGGAGUUUGAUUUAUCAGGAUAGUGAGGUGCUGGAGAUGGUGCUGAAGGAGUGCAAGAAGCAGCUGGUGGCCGGCGAGAAGGAGAUCUGCAUUGAGCCGGGCAGUUUCAGUAUGGGCCCGCCCACGUACCUGCCGCCCGCGGAGUACGACGAGGAGGAGGACGGGAAGAGCGGCGGCAGUCAGAGUGAGGAGGAGUCGGCGUAGUUGGAGGGGGUCACGUGAUGCAUGUGCAUGCGGUGGGCGGGGGAUCUUUUGGUGGUGUUUAGACGAUGAUGGGCGCGUCUUUUUUGGGGGUGGGUGGGGGUGGUGCGGCUUAGAUUAGCGUUUGUUUAAGAAGAAGGUUAGAAAUAUUUUAUAGUUGUUGGUUUUCUUUUACUGAUGCAUGUGGUAGAGCGCGACUUCUAUUUAUAUUUGGCCAUUAAUUUGGAACCCGAAAUUGCAAAACAUAUCCGUUCUAAUGUAUUUCAAAUAAAACGAUGG